UAUUGUUUCUAAACCAGAUAAAAUUUAAAUAUAGAAAAAUGAGAGAUAAAAAGACAAAAAAAAAAGGAAAACAAGGGAAAAAAGAAGAAAAUGAAGACAUGCAAAUGAAUAAAACAAUAAUUAAAAUUAAAAAUGAAAAUCUAAGUGAAGAAGAUUUAAAAAAAUAUUCAGGAAAAAAAAGGGAAAAAACAAUAAAUAUGAAGUAUAAGGGUUGUUACGAUGCAGAGGAUGAUGUUAUUGAAUAUUUGGAGAAAAAAUUAAAACGUAAAAACCAAAAUAUAAAUAGAAAAAACAAAAAAGAUGAAUUAGACUAUCUUCUUGAAGAUUUGAACUAUAUAGAUAGAAAGAAAACAAAACGUGUUAAGUUUAUGGAAGAUUCAUCAGUAUUAUGUAAUAGUGAAGUUAAAAAUAAGACAAAUAUAAAUAAAGAAGAGCUAUUUAUUGAAGAUAAAGAAAACAAAUCAAAUUUAGAUAGAGAAAAUGGGGCUAUUUUAGUGAAAAAGAACAAGGAAAAUCCUUAUAUUGCUCCUGUAGGAAAUGGUAUAUCUAUAACGAAAAACAAAAUUUUAAAAGAUGAUAAAAAUAAUAACGAGUUUACUAUUCAUUUAAAAAGAAAAAUCAAAGGAUUAUUAAACAGAUUGACUGAAUCAAAUAUGCUAUCAAUUUUAAAUGAAAUCGAGAAUCUAUAUAGUUCAAAUCCUCGUCAUUAUGUUAAUUUAGAACUAAUAACAUUGUUAUUAAAAAAUAUAACAUCUCAAACAACAUUAAAAGAAACAUAUUUAGUACUGCAUUCAGGAUUUAUUACGGCUUUAUAUAAGAUAAUUGGGAUAGAUUUUGGAGCAUUUUUUCUUCAAAAACUUAUUAAGACUUUUAAUGAAUUCUACUCAAAAGAAAACUCAAAGAAAGAAAAUAUUGAUACAAAUAUAUCUUAUGAUAAGGAAUGCAUUAAUUUAAUUAUUGUUUUAAGUGAGUUAUAUAAUUUCCAAGUUAUUUCAUGUACUUUCGUAUAUGAUUUAAUAAAAUUGUUUUUGAAAGAAAUAACAGAUCUAAAUACAGAAUUACUACUAAAGAUUAUCUUGAAUUCUGGAAGUCAAUUACGUUGUGACGAUCCAUCAUCUUUAAAAGAUAUUAUUAUUAUUAUUCAUCGGAAAAUUUCAGAGACUGAUGUUGUUCUAAAUACAAGAACAAAAUUUAUGAUUGAAUCCAUUGAUAACUUAAAAAAUAACAAAAUUAAAGAUAUCCCUAGUAUUAUGACACGAGAAGCAAUAGUUCGAAUGAAAAAAUUCUUAGGAACAUUAUCUAAUCGAAAUUCUAAUAGGAAUUUUGAACCUUUAAAAAUUUCAUUAUCAGACAUUGAAUCCAUGGAUGAGAAUGGUAAAUGGUGGCAUGCAGGGUCAUCUUCUAGAAAAGAAGAAAAAAGAAAGACACCUAUAUCUGUAAAUAGUUUCUACGAAAAAAAAGAAACAGAACUUCUUACUUUAGCACAAUUGCAAAGGAUGAAUACAGAUAUUCGUAAAUCCAUUUUUAUUACAUUAAUGAGUGGAGAGGAUUUUGUAGAUGCAUAUGAAAAACUUUUAAAACUAAGACUAAAAAAAGUACAAAAACUAGAGAUACCGAGAGUAUUACUUCAUUGUUGCGGAAACGAACGAAACUAUAAUCCUUAUUAUGCUUAUAUUGCACUUAGAUUUUGCGUGAGAAUGAGUUUUUUACGUACAGCUUUUAAGUUUUGUUUAUGGGAUUUAUUUCGAUCUUUAGGGGAAAAAGAUAUUCAAGUGAUAGGAAAUACUAAUACUGAGAACACGGAAAAUAUCUCAUUAAGAUAUAUUGUAAAUUUAGGAAGGCUAUAUGGCUUUUUAGUAGUUAACGAUGGACUUGAUUUGGCAAUUUUUAAAAAACUUAAUUUCUUUCAUCUUCAGUCUAAAACGAAAACAUUUUUGGAAAUUUUUUUUUGUACAUUGAUUCAAGAAACACAAAAAAGAUCUAAUAUUCAAAGUGUAACAUCAAUUCAGAAAAUUUUUGAAAAACUUUCAUCAAAUCCUUCUUUAAUUGUAGGCAUUAAAUAUUUUAUAGAAAAAUAUUUGAAAAAUAGUGAAAUAUUAAAUUCAAGAGAUAAGGAGAUAUUUAUAUGGGAUUAUAAAAAAGUAUUAGAAAUUUUAAGUAUUCCAAAAAAUAUUUAA